CACUAUCAGUGGUCCGGCGGCUACAGCUGCAAGCCGAGCUCAACCUUGACCGGUUCAUCGGCAGGAUGAACCGAGCCAGAAAAUGGCGGAUAUUGAGCAGUUACGGAAUAUGGUAUCAAGUUUCCGUGUCUCAGAGCUCCAGGUACUGCUAGGUUUUGCUGGAAGGAACAAGAGCGGCCGCAAGCAUGAACUUCUUCUGAGGGCCUUGCAUUUGCUAAAGAGUGACUGUAGUCCUGCCGUGCAGAUUAAAAUCAAGGAACUGUAUCGUCGGAGAUAUCCUAGGACGUUCGAGAGUCUGACGGAGUUGUCAAACAUAAAGUCCUACUUUCAGACAGAGGACAGAUCGGCGGUUGUGAGUCCAGACCUUUCUCUUGGUGCUAGUCCCUCAGACUUGGUGCAUCCGCACUUGGUGACCUGUGAUUCACCGGUGUUUCAUGACUCAAAACCCAGGAUGAACAUGCAGCAGCCAAGCCCACUCAUGCCCCCCGUCCACCCAGAUGUCCAGAUGAAACCCCUUCCAUUUUAUGACGUGUUGGAUGUUUUGAUCAAGCCAUCAAGUUUGGGGCCCAGCGCUGUUCAGAGAUUUCAUCAGGAAAAGUACUUCAUCUUUGCCUUGACUCCACAGCAAGUGAGAGAAGUUUGCAUUUCACGGGAUUUCCUUCCUGGUGGCAGAAGAGACUAUAUGGUUCAAAUACAACUACGGUUCUGCCUUUCAGAGACCAGUUGCCCUCAAGAGGACAAUUAUCCUAAUAGUCUUUGCAUCAAAGUCAAUGGGAAGCUCUUUCCUUUACCAGGCUAUGCACCGCCUCCUAAGAAUGGUGUAGAACAGAAGAGACCAGGGAGGCCUUUGAACAUUACGUCUCUCGUCAGAUUAUCAUCUGCAGUACCCAAUCAAAUAUCAGUCACGUGGGCACCUGAAAUUGGGAAGACAUAUUCAAUGUCCGUUUACUUGGUACGGCAGCUGACAUCACCGUUGUUACUGCAGAGGUUAAGAAUGAAAGGGAUCAGAAACCCUGACCACUCUAGAGCAUUAAUAAAAGAAAAGCUCACAGCUGACCCUGACAGUGAAAUAGCCACAACCAGUUUACGAGUGUCCCUAAUUUGCCCACUUGGAAAGAUGCGUCUUACGGUUCCCUGUCGGGCAGUUACCUGCUCUCAUCUGCAGUGUUUCGAUGCUGCUCUGUACCUGCAGAUGAAUGAGAAGAAGCCGACCUGGAUCUGCCCCGUGUGCGACAAGAAAGCCACAUACGAGAGUCUGAUCAUAGAUGGGCUGUUCAUGGAAAUUUUAAAUGACUGCACGGACGUUGAUGAAAUCAAGUUCCAAGAGGACGGGACAUGGUGUCCAAUGAGACCAAAGAAGGAGGCGCUAAAAGUAUCAUCUCCAUGUAUACCCAAAAUUGAGUGUGCUGCCCCUGUCCGGCAGAGUGCAGUGGUUCCUCACACAGAACCAAGCAGCACAAAGAAGGCCGAUGUGAUCGACCUGACGCUUGAAAGCUCUUCAGAUGAUGAAGCAGAGCCAGACCCUCCUUUGAAAAAACGCUGUGUCUAUCUGUCCAAACCUGAGGAGAUGCAUAGCAAAGGGGUGUUGACCUAUCAGCCAUCAACGGUUCGGGUGCCAAAUGUCCAGGCACUGGACGCCUCAUAUCUAACGUCCCCCAUAGCGGACUAUGUUCCAUUCCACCAUUCGACGUUAUCCACUAUUCCCACCGAUAUGCAAAGUCUUGAUUUAUUUUCAUUACUUCAAGCAGACCCUCAGCAGCAUUACCGGAGCCCUGUGUUCCUCGACAGCCUCUCCAGCAGUAUCCAGAGUGCUACUACUAGCGCUGGCCUUGUGUCUUCAUCAGUCCCAUAUGAAGCAGCCCCACAUGGAGGGAGCUCUAGUCACGAAACGGGGGUCAUCACCGGAGGAUCCUCAAGUCUGUCAGACAUUAUCUCUCUGGACUGAAUCAAGGUUUCUGUCUCCACAGGCCAGCACUACACAAUCACCAAGCAAACUGCCAUGGGCCACAUUUCCAAAAACUGAUAUUAUGCUUUAAUUACAGUUAAACAUCAUAUUUACGAUUAUGGUAGCUGAAAUGGACACAGGUUCUCUCGACAGUGGGGAAACGGCAUGUUUGUCGUUGCGUGUAGAUGUCGGUAGCACCUGAUGGUUUUGAGAAACCUAGCCCUGACUUGUGCUCACUCUCACUGUCCCGCUGAAGAUGUUUUUAUCUUUUUAGCAUUAUAAUAGUGACUCAUACCCAUUGCCUUUUUUGAUUGAAUGGACUGAACAAGCAAAACAGUCAAUAAAAGUGUGGACUGGGAACACUGGGCUCCCGGUGAGCGUUGAGUUCACAGUGGCAUGAUGUGAAAACGGAGUGGGAGCUGUGUUCCGUUGGAAAGGAAGUGAAAGCACUCUGGGGCAGCUCGGUUUUUAUUGUAGUACUAACCAAAUUCUGCAGUGCAAUUUUACUUCAUCUCAAAGGUCCUAAUUUAGUGUUUAGCAAUAAAAAUGAUCUUUGUGUUCUGUUGCACAUUACGUAGGAUGGUAAAAAUAGGUUGUAAUCUGGUUUCGGCAAAGAAGAAUGUCAGAUUGCAGCAAGCCAGCUCUGUUUUUGUUUUGUUUUGUUUUGUUUUUUUUGUUUUUUUUCCAUUUGUUUUUUUUUUAUUGUUUGGGUUUUUUUUUUUAUCAUUUAUGAUGAUUUUGCACGUUGUGCUUUUUUUUUAGGGUCCGUCAAGUGAUUAGCUAAAAUUUUGUUAAAUAACAAGCUUGUUUGUGGACCUGCGUUGUAUUUGUAUGUGGGAACUUUGUCCUCUUUUUACUAUUUAAACUGUGUUUUUGAAUAUUCACCUCAAAACCUCUGACCCCAGAUCACGUUUAUAAUUAAAAAGAAAAAAUCAGGAUUGUCCUUAAAA